CAACCUUCUUUCCACCAAAACAUCCAAACAUCCCUCUCUCUCUCUCUCUUGCAGAGAGCUCUUUCUCUAAUUCUCUAAAGCUCCCGCAUCUUUAAUUCUCAAGUUCCCUAAUAUGGCCUCUUUUGUUUCGACAUUGCUCUUCCAAGUCCUCCUGGUGGUUUCCCUCUUAGAUCUCUCCAAUGCUGGGAGGAGACUCACUGUAUCAGUGGAGGAGCAGUCUAUGCUCUUCCAAUACCACAACGGUCCCCUUCUCUCAGGCAAAAUCUCUGUUAAUCUCAUCUGGUACGGCAAUUUCAGACCUGCCCAACGCGCCAUUAUCUCAGAUUUCAUCUCUUCCCUCACAUCAUCCUCGCAAGCUUCAUUGAAGACCCAACCCCAACAGAGACCCUCUGUUCUCACUUGGUGGAAGAUCACAGACAAGUACUACUACCUCAGCUCCAAGAACAAGAAGCUUGCCUCUUCCCUUUCUCUCCAAAUGGGUAAUCAGAUCCUAGACGAGAAUUACUCAUUGGGCAAGUCCCUCACUAGGAACAAAAUCUUGCAGCUCGCAGCUGGAGGCGAUCAUAGAAAAGCCAUUAAUGUUGUUCUGACCGCCGCAGAUGUCACCGUCGAGAGCUUCUGUAUGGAUACAUGCGGAAGCCAUGGUUCCCAAGGCAAGAAAUCGAAGUUCGCUUACAUCUGGGUUGGUAACUCAGAGACUCAGUGCCCGGGUCAAUGUGCUUGGCCCUUCCACCAGCCCACCUAUGGUCCUCAGAACCCACCAUUGGUCUCCCCAAACAAUGAUGUGGGCAUGGAUGGAAUGGUUAUGAAUCUGGCGAGUCUCUUGGCUGGAACUGCUACUAACCCUUUUGGGAAUGGUUUCUAUCAAGGCCCGGCUGAGGCACCAUUGGAGGCAGCUUCAGCUUGCCCUGGUAUCUAUGGAAAGGGGGCUUACCCUGGUUAUCCAGGGGAUCUGUUGGUGGAUCCAACUACUGGUGCUAGCUACAAUGCCAACGGUGCAAAUGGAAGGAAGUACCUGCUUCCAGCUCUGUUUGAUCCUUCCACAUCCUCAUGCUCUACACUUGUCUAAGAAUUAGGGAGAAGAACCAGAAAGUUGUACAUAGAGAUAUCAUUCGGGAGAGUAUAGUGAUUGUCUGUAUGUAUAUGAUGUAAUUCAUUUAUUUAUUAAUUUAUUUAUCCUAUUAUUGGAUUAACCACCAAU